UCGCUCGCCCUUUCUGGUAUAACAAAUGCGCGUGGCCGCGUUCGUUUUGAUUGUUAUUGCGGUCGCCCCUGGCAACCGGUAAAAGUAUCAACACUGUCCUGAUGAAAUCAACAUUUUCGUUUCCGUACAUUGAAAUCUGAGAAAAAUGACGUGUUUCAUAACCAGUAACAUCGAUAGUGAAAUCUUGAUGUUCGAGUGAAAAGCUGAAGAUCGAAAUGAGCAAUGAUAGUGGCCGCAACGAGAAGAAGCGCGCGACUAGUGCUUCGCCCUACUCGGAAAACUUCCGGGUGCCAAUGGAUCUAUGUCAGCGACAUCUAAUCAAUCAUCGUUUGGUUGUGUCCAAACUGAGUCGGAAAGAGUUGGAGGACAAGUACAUAAGUUUGUGCGAUGAAACCUUCACGAUCAAGAAACGCUUCCAGGAACAGGAACAGACGAUCAAAAAACUCAAAACCAAAUUGCUGCGAGUGUCCACUGAAAGUAGUAAGUACAGAUCCAAAGCGGAUAUUUCGGGCAAUCAGAGCCACAUUCAAAGUUUGGAAACACAAAGGCGAGAAUUACAUGAAAAGCUCGAAGCUUUGCGUAAAAAUGAUCGGAAGGACUAUCGAGGAAAGCGGGAAAAUUACAAACAACGGCACCACAAUGUACGUCGACCUAAGGAAGAACAAACCACAACUAUGUCGGCAUCGAUGUCCAACGAUAAUGACGACGCACUUCGCUAUGGUGAUGAUCGAAGUGUGGUAGAUUCAUCGACCGAAGAUGAUCGUACCUCCAGUAGAAGUAGCCAUCACAAAGGCUCGAAAAGCUGUCGGAACUGUAAGAUAUUGAAAGGGGAAAAUGCUACCAAUGAGGCGGAAUUAGUUAAAAUGAAAAUCGAUCUGAAGUUUUCAAAUAAGGAAAUGCAAAACGAGAAGGAGAAAGCUGCACUCCUAGAGCGACAGUUGGAAGAGAAACUAUCGUAUCAGAUUAUGCGACAAAAUGCUGCCGAGAACUUGGAAAUUAUCAACUUGAGCCGCCAGUUAAAUGACAUACAGCAAAAAAUGCAAAAUCAACAGGAAGCAGAGAAGCGUGCACUGGAGGCAGAGCUAGCCAAACACUCCGAACUAGAACAGAAAAUAAAAAAGGAAAAGGAUAAAAAUACGAAUCUAUUCGAUGAGUGCGAGCGAUUGAAGAAAAGCAUUGAGAAAUUGAAGGAACACAUGUCCGAAGUGGAGAUCGAACGGGACAUACUCAAACGCCAACAGGAUAGUUACACCAAAAUAGUAGAUGAAAAUAAACUAUUGCGGUACCAACUGGAGGAGCUGCGUCGACAGAACCAGGAACUUACUGUCCAGAUAGAGACGUUGCAAGAAGAGGAAACUUUCGCGAAGAACGCCCAGAAAACUAUGCUAGACAAGCUGAAGAUACUGCAAGCGGAUAACGAUACACUUUCUGUUCUGUUGGAAGGGUUGCGGGCUGAAAAUGGAGUUUUGGUUGAGGAAAAAACCGCGUUAGAGAAAAAUUUGAGCAGCUUAGAAGAUUCUCCAGCGAAGGAUAUGCUCUCGUCGCCGCUUCAGCGAUUUGAAAUUAGCACACAAACGGAUAUCGUUGAAAAGGAAGAUCAAGUACCCGUUCAAACAAAGCUCGAUAACAACCAAGAUGCGGUGUAUUCUAAGUUGACCUUUCUUACGACACCGACUCGGAAGGUAACUACUGUAUCAUCGCAAGUAGCGAACAACUCGGACGGUGAACUCGAACAGGACCAAAAUCGGAUAUACAGGAAACGCGUUGGCAGGAGCCAUGUUUGGGAAAUGGCUCACCUGUUGGAACAGAAUGUGGUCAAUUCAAAUGAAAAGUAUAAUAAUGCUGCUCUUCUAGUAUCGAAUGCGACCAGUUCGGCUUCCACAAAACUGAGAAAGGAUUUCGAAAGUAUCGACGUGCAUUCAAUCCCUUAUAUACCGGCAAGGGCAUCGAUCGUAACAACGCACUCAUCGGCUUCAUCAGAGCGAAGGAGGAUAUCGUUUCAAGGCGCCACCACUGAACUGUCAUCGGUAACGUCGGAUCCCAGAGAGACUGCGGCUUCAAACGCUGUACAGCAGAAUUACGCCCAUUUUUUCGGUCAUACUCCAGAACAACAAGCGCGCGCACGCACUAUCUCUAAGAUAAGUGCUCGAAACAUUCCAAAAAAACAACCAACGGUCGCGCUUGCUACUGCCCAGACGGCGGAACAAAUGCCCUCCGAGUAUAUAGCCAUCACGAUCCGUCUGAUUCGGUGGCAGGAAAAAUCAUUGAACAAACUGAUUUCCAACCGAGUGAAGAAAAUUUACGUUGAGCUUGCCGGUUUUCUUGAUGUCAGAGGUCAUCCGUUGGAGACACGAUCGGUUGACAUAUUGUCGAGUACGCAGCUAGAGCUCGUUUUCGAUUAUCGCAUUGUGCUAGAUCUCGACGAAUCGAAACAUAGCAAAAGACGAGAUUUGCUUCGAAGGACGCUUCGACCUACCUCCGAGGAUGUUUUGAAAUUUUUGGUGCUAAAUGAAUCAACCGACUGCACGGAAAUCGGCUAUGCUGGAAUUCAACUCAACAGUGAAAUUCAGACUUCCAAGGAUGAUGAUGAUUCCAAGACAAUCGAUACCCCAAUUUACUCCAUAACUGAUCCAGCCGAAAAAAUUGGAACGUUGCAAGUGGUCGUGGAGGGUAUCAAUUUAUUAAAACUUAAGUUUGGCAGUUAA